CAAGCGGGUACAGAUCUAGCGAGAGACACGCAGAACACUGGGCUUAAGACUGCUGCUAACAUUCAAGAAGAGGAAGCAAAUUAAAGAAGGUCUUCCCUACUUUGACCCGGAUCUUUGGAGGGCCAUGUCUGCGAACGAUUCUUUUGCUGCUGCUCUGCGAAAUUUGGGAGGAGUUCAUACCCUGCCAAAGCCACAGCCGAAGGAUAAGUCGGCAAAGAAGAAAAGGGGCGCCAAGAGGGGGGAAUCCGGGUCUUCCCGCCAGGAGACAGAUGGGACCGGGCAUUCAAGUGCUACUCCGGACCCGGAGGUCCCAGUUGAAGAUCAGGAGCUGGGAGUUGAUGCUGUGGAGGUGGAGAGCCCGGUCCACGAGCCGAAGAAAAAGAAGAAGAAGACUGAUUCUUCCCAGAAACAAGUGAUUGAUAUGACGGGGGAGGAUCCGGGAAAGUCUGCGAUGGAAGUGGUGGACCUGGGGAUCGAACUCGAGGGUGGUUCCCGCCCAGCGCCCAGGUUUGGAAAAUAUCCGGUCAAGAAAGUGAUUGGAUUAAUGUCUGAGCUCCCCUCUGACCAGGAUUGGGAGAUGAUGGAAGAUCAGGGUUUGGUCGAGAAUUUUAAGGAGAUCGGGGACCUGUGGGGUCAGCUCGGUGGUCGCUUGGCCGGGUUCAACACCCAUGCUUUGGCUAACUUGAAGAAGGAGAGAGAUUUCUCUAUCGCUAAUCAUGCCAAAGCAGUGAAGUUGGAGAAGGAUCUUGAUAUAGAGAGGUCAGCCCGGGAAGCGUUGGAAUCGAGUUUGGCUACCAGAGUCAAGGAGGCUGAAGUUCGUAAGGAAGCUGAGCUCGGGCAGAGAGUCAAAGAUGCUGAGGCCCGGGCUGCGGGCGCGGAGAAGAAGGUUACCGGGUUGGAGCAGGAGGUGGCUGGCUUGAAGCAGGAGUUGGAGACCCGGAAAGCGCCUGCGGAGGUCAUCGCCGACUUUCAAAAGUCGAAGGUUUAUGAGGAUGCCCUGGCCAAGGCCGCAGCUGCUGAAGUCAUGCGCUGCUGGACUGUGGCUGAGAAGCAUAUCAAAACUGACCCGGGUGCUAAUGCUCAAAGCUUCAUUGACUUAUACAUUGCUGUGAAGAACAGAAUCAAUGCAGGUGGGGCGGAGCCCGAGCCUUAUGCUGUCCCGGGUCAGGAUGUGGACUCGGAUUCUUCGACUGAAUCCGAACCGGUGGAUGAAGAGAUUCCUGUUCAAGAUCCUCUUGCCGAUGAUCAUCCCGUCCAAGACUCUCCUCCUGCUUAGAUUGAUUUUUGCCUUUGCUUUUGAAAGACAAUGUUUUUGUAAUAUCAAGUAUAUUUGUGUAUCAGGAUUGAUUAUUUGACCGGGUCUGUGUGUACCCGGGUACUAUGGAUGCUUACUUCGCUGCUUUUGAUCAACUAUUUGUUUGUCAACAAUAGACUCGUGAAUGCUUCGUUGCUUGCUUUAUAUACUUAUCGUCCGGAUCGGUUGCUUAAAUAGUUUUGUACUUAGAAAUUUUUUCUAAGCAAAUGAAAUAGGUGGGCCCGGGUAACAUCUACCCGGGUUGGUUGCUUACAUAGUUUUGUACUUAGAAAAUUUUUCCAAGUAAAUGAAAUGGAUGGACCCGGGCAAUUCUUACCCGGGUUGAUUGCUUUAUUUGUGUUUGCACUUAGAAAUUUUUUCCAAGUAAAUAAAAUGGAUGGACCCGGGCAGUUCUUACCCGGGUUGAUUGCUUUAUUUGUGUUUGCACUUAGAAAUUUUUUCCAAGUAAAUAAAAUGGAUGGACCCGGGCAGUUCUUACCCGGGUUGAUUGCUUUAUUUGUGUUUGCACUUAGAAAUUUUUUCUAAGUAAAUAAUAUGGACCCGGGUUGAUUGCUUUAACAUGUUUGCACUUAGAAAUUUUUUCUAAGUAAAUAAUAUGGACCCGGGUUGAUUGCUUUAACAUGUUUGCACUUAGAAAAUUUUUCCAAGUAAACGAAGUGGAUGGACCCGGGUAGAUCUUUCCCGGGUUGAUUGCUUUGAUAUGUUUGCAUUUAGGAAUUUCUCCAAGUAAAUAAAAAUGGUGGACCCGGGCGAGGUUUACCCGGGUUGAUUGCUUGAUUGCCUUAGAAAAUUUCUAAGUAAAUAGUAACGUAGAUUUAUCAAUAGCAAAAGACUUCAUUGAUAUUAAAACUAUUACACAGCUUUGAGAAUGAUCAAAAGUACAUGACUGCUUUUAGGUAUAUAUGGCUGUCUUCCAGAAUCCUUCCUUCUCGUUGAUUUUACUGAUAGAACUUCCUCAACCUAAGACCGUGCCAGGUGUUGGAUACUUCUGACCCGUCCAUAUGCUCCAAUUUGUAGGUGCCCGGCCUUAGGACUUCUUUAACUUUGUAUGGGCCUUCCCAUUUUGGCAUCAGUUUUCCUGUGUUGGUCGGAUCUGAGGCUUCGGUGUCCCGUAGGACCAGGUCUCCUGCUUGAAAGUUCCUGACCCGGGACUUUUUGCUGAAGUGAUCCCGGGUCUUUUCCUUGUAUUUCUCCAUUCUCGCGAUUGCCUGAUCUCGGACCUCAUCUACCAAGUCUAAGUUGACCCGGAGUCCUUCCUCAUUGGCGAUUUCGUCGAAGUUGAUUACUCUGUGGGAAGGUGACCCGACUUCGAUUGGGAGCAUUGCCUCCGUUCCAUAGGCCAACUUGAAAGGAGUUUCUCCGGUGCUUGUCCGGGGACUGGUUCGGUAUGACCAAAGAACAUGUGGUAAUUCUUCUGGCCAUUUGCUCUUGCUUUCUUCUAGCCUUUUUUCAAUUCCUCUCAGGAGGAUCCGGUUGGUAACCUCUACCUGGCCAUUUCCUUGAGGAUAGGCGACUGAAGACUUCUUGUGCUUGAUGCCUCUUUCAGCCAGGUAGGUUUCAAAGUCUGACCCUAUGAACUGGGGUCCAUUAUCUGAGACCAGGACUCUUGGUAGCCCGAAUCUCAUCAGGAUGUUGUCCAUGAACCGGAUGACAUCUUGCUGGUUGAUCGUUCUCAUUGCCUUGGCCUCGACCCACUUGGUCAUAUAAUCAAUGGAGACAAGCAGGUAUCUGAGGUCUCCUUUAGCCCGGGGAAAAGGUCCCAUGAUGUCUAUCCCCCAUACAGCAAACGGGAUUGGGGAUAAAACUGAAGAAGGUAGGACAUGGCUUACCCGGGGCACAUUGCUGAACAGUUGACAGUUCUUGCAUCUUUUCACAAAUUCCAUUGCAUCCUGGUGGAUAGUCGGCCAGUAGUACCCCUGUCUGAUGAUUUUGUAGGCCAAGCUUUUGGCCGACAUGUGGUCUCCACAUAUUCCUUCGUGGACUUCUCUUAGACAAUACUCGGACUCUUCUGGACCGAUACAUUUCAGGAUCGGGGCUGAGUAAGUUCGUCGGAAUAGGAUCCCGCCUUCAACAAAAAACUUGGCUGCCUUAGCCUUCAGCCGUUGCGCUUUCCCCUUGUCUUCGGGUAACUCUCCCUUCUCUAUGUAGUUGAUCAGGGGAGUCAUCCAGGUAGGGCUGAUCUUGAAAACUUCCUCAUGUUCUAUUGUUGGCUUGUGCAAUUCUUCGAAAUAGACUGAGCUAUCUAGGUCCGCUGAAUUUUGGACCAGCCUGGAGAGGUUGUCUGCUUCAGCAUUCUCUUCCCUGUUGACUUGCAAGAUCCUGCAUCCGGGGAUCAGAGUAAGGUAGCUUUUCACCAAGGCUUGAUACUUGGUCAGGAUCGGGUCUUUGGCAAGGUAUUCUCCAUUGGUCUGCCUGACCACGAUCUGGGAAUCACUGUAGAUGGUGAGAUUUCGGAUAGACAGGGUCCGGACUAACUUUAACCCUGCUAGAAGGGCUUCGUAUUCCGCUUGGUUGUUGGUUGCUGCGAAACCGAAGGAGAUUGCUGUUUUGAUGGUGAACCCAUCCGGGCUCUUCAGGAUUAGCCCGGCUCCUGACCUUUCGGUUGUUGAGGAGCCGUCGACAUGUAGUAUCCAAGACCCCGGGUUAGAGUCUACCGGGGCUUUUGGUUCGGUCUCCAUGGGAGUUGUUUGAUUUUCUGGGAAGUUGCAUUCUACUACGAAAUCUGCCAGGACCUGGGCUUUGACUGCUGUCCGGGGUAGAAACGUUAGGCUGAACUGGCUAAGUUCGAUUGCCCAGUUCACUAGCCUCCCCGAGAUGUCUGGCUUGUGAAUGAUUUUCCUUAGUGGUUGGUUUGUGACGAUCCUGAUUUCUCUUCCUUGGAAGUAAUGUCUGAGUUUUCUGGAUGCGGUGAUCAGUGCAAAUGCAAAUUUUUCUAGGUUGGGGUACCUGGUCUCCGCAUCUUUGAGGACUUGGCUGACAUAGUAAACAGGCUUCUGUUGCCCGGCUUCCUCCCGGAUCAAAGCUGCUCCGACGGCCAAGGGACCGGCAGACAGGUAUAGGUAGAGAGGUUCCCCGGGUAAGGCUUUUGUCAGGAUUGGGGGUUUGGAUAGAUAUGCUUUGAUUUCAUCAAGGGCUCUUUGGCAAUCCGGAUUCCAUUCCACUAAUUUCUGAUUUUUUGCCCCUUUCAACAAUUCAAAGAAUGGUAGACAUCUUUCAGCAAGUUUUGAGACGAACCUUCGAAGUGCUGCUAAGGACCCUGCUAGCUUUUGGACUUCCCUCUGAGUCCGAGGUGGUUGCAUCUCUUGUACAGCUUUGAUCUUCUCCGGGUUGGCUUCGAUACCCCGGUUGCUUACCAUAAAACCCAAAAACUUUCCAGCUUCAACUCCAAAGGUGCACUUGUCCGGGUUGAGCUUUAGUUUAGUUCUUCUCAUGUUCUCAAAACACUCUUUGAGAUCAGAAAUGUGACCCGGGACUGAUGUAGACUUGGAGAUGAUGUCGUCGACGUAGCAUUCCAAAUUUCUUCCAAGUUGGUCCUUGAAAAUCUCGUUCAUUGCCUUCUGGUAAGUAGACCCGGCGUUCCUUAACCCGAAAGGCAUCAGCUUGUAGGCAUAGACUGCUCGGUGGGUUAUGAAGGCUGUUUUGGCUAUGUCUGCUGGGUUCAUCUUGACCUGGUUGUACCCGGAGAAGGCGUCCAUGAAACUUAGCAUCAGGUGUCCGGACGUGGCAUCGAUAAGCUGGUCAAUGCUUGGUAGAGGAUAAGGGUCCUUGGGGCAUGCUGCAUUCAGAUCCGUGUAGUCGACACACAUCCUCCACUUUCCAUUCGCUUUCUUGACCAUGACUACGUUGGCGAGCCAUUCCGGGUAUU